UAUAUACAUACACUAUACUGCCAAAAGUAUUGGGACACUCCUCCAAAUCAUUGGAUUCAGGUGUUCCAAUCACCUCCAUGGCCACAGGUGUAUAAAAUCAAGCACCUAGGCAUGCAGACUGCUUCUACAAACAUUUGUGAAAGAAUGGGUCGCUCUCAGGAGUUCAGUGAAUUCAAGCGUGGUACCGUGAUAGGUUGCCACCUGUGCAAUAAGUCCAUCUGUGAAAUUUCCUUACUACUAAAUAUUCCAGUCUACUGUUAGUGGUAUUAUAACAAAGUGGAAGCAACUGGGAACUCAACCAUGAAGUGGUAAGCCACGUAAAAUGACAGAGCGGUGUCAGCGCAUGCUGAAGCACACAGUGCACAGAAGUCGCCAACUGUCUGCA